AGAAGGGUUCACAAAGGUCUAAAACGGUGGAUCGAAGACAUGGGAAGAGGCCCCUUUCAUCCCGUGAAUCGGAGGAGAAAGAGGAGCAACAACCGCAACACCAACAUCAAUUAUUUCCUUUCUAUUCAGCUCGAUCCCAACAUGACAUGACUGCCAUGGUUUCUGCUCUAUCUCAGGUUAUCGGGAGUACUGAUAACAAUAAUUCUGUGGCUGUUGUUGGAAAUUAUCCAGCUCUAGCUGAUCCUCAGCCAGCUCCAGCUAUAGAAAACCGAGCUCAACAAGAACAAGGGAACCAGAGAAGAAGACACUAUAGAGGAGUGAGGCAAAGACCAUGGGGCAAAUGGGCCGCUGAAAUUCGUGAUCCCAAGAAGGCGGCAAGGGUCUGGCUAGGCACAUUCGAAACUGCCGAAGCCGCAGCUCUUGCUUAUGAUGAAGCAGCUCUAAGAUUCAAAGGAAACAAAGCAAAGCUCAAUUUUCCUGAAAGAGUUCAAGGGAAAACUGAGUAUGGUUAUCUUACAACUCGCCAAGACGCCAGAGUUGUAGCCGAUCAGCAAGUUUCUCAUUCUCAUUCUAAUCGAUCAUUUCCUCCUCCUCACGAGUAUCCUCAUAUUCUUCAGUAUGCUGAGCUGCUUAGGAGUGGAGAUCAAAAUAACUUGCAUGAUGAGGUGAUCUCAAGUAGUGCUAGUAGCUUUCCUGGAGGGCCACUUGCUUCACAGUCUUCAUCAGGUUCAUCAUCAAACAUGUCAUCUCAGGAACAAGGGCAACAGCAGUUUCUUCAGUUCCAAUCUCCAUACAACGUUGGAAGGACUUCAAGUUCCGGUAAUUCGGAAAUGUGGGAAGAGUUUCAUAAUAAUACUUAUGCAAGAAGGUAGUUUCAAUACUUCAAUGAAUGUUCUCUAAGUUCACUUGGAGAAUUGAAGUUGGGAGAAUUAUAAAAUAACUCCAUGGCUUCUUGUAAGUUUUCUUUUCGAGCAUAAACUUGAGUUUUCGUGUUGUUUCCCGUUUAUUUUCGAUAAAGGUUCCCAACAAUGUGUGUUUUGGUUUUUACUUCAAUAAUCUUCCGAAGUAUAUUAAUAAUUCUUGUUAAAGACUUCUGUCCAAAGAUUAAAAAAAAAAAAAAAGAAGUCUUGUUGAAGACUAGAGCAUUUUAUAGACUCAGAAAUCUCUACUAUCAAACCACGUUUAGGUGAAAUAGCCAUUAAUAUUUUAGCAUAAUAAGUUUUAAGUAUCUGUCAUUCAUAUCAUCUUCUAGAGCUUUUCUUAAUACAAACAUCUAAAUAUUGAGAUAAGGGUUUGUAUUGUUGGUAAUUAGUAUGCUUCUGGUUUGUCUAAUCAAGGCAAUAAUGUUUGAUCUGAAUUUCAUCUCCACUAAUAAAAUACAUUACCCAAAAAAAUUCUGAUAAUAAGAGGUAUUAUGUCAAUUCUUCAUGAACGUCAUAGGCUGUUUCAGAAACCAUGGAACGGUUUAAAAGCUUGAUCAUAAAGCCGGCUGAUAGAGGGACACCAGAAUUAAUUAAAUACCUCAUGUUUUGGAGGACUAAACGUGGAGCUUUGAAAUUCCCGUUGGACUCUAAGCCAAGGGUUCAAUCAAAUGGGAUCUUCUAUAUUUCUAACUCUUAAACCCUCCUAUAUCUUUGAACCAUGUGAUGUAGCCGGCUAGCUCACUUCUGAUUUUCUCAUUGCAUGUAAUUCUGGAUUCAUUUUAAACCAUAUAAUAUGUUGGCAUUGGCAUCCUAGCUAGGUUGGUCCGGCUUUUUGAAUUAGUCAUAAAUAUUUUUUUUCCUCUCUAUCUAUUCAUUGCUAUUGCUACUUUAAUCUAGUUGCAUUAAUCAUGUAUUUAAACCUAGCUAAUAACAGCAUUUCUGAAGGACUAGAUUAGGUGAUAAAUUAAAAUAGGCCAUACAUACCAAUUAAUCAAUUGAACUUUGUUGACUGUCAAAAGUUCAACUGUUAAUGCUGAUAAACGAACAGCGCAAAAAAAAAAAAUCAGUUUUGCUGAAGUUGCCCUUCCAGUCAUAGAAAACUGCAGGUAUAGUGUGUAUUCGUUUGCUUUUUGAAUGACAACAACUUGAAGUAUCUUGGACUGCAGAUAAAGUAAUAGUUUUCUUCCCCAAAUAAGUACUUUGAUUU